GGGAACCGUCUAUUUACUAAGGUCCUGAACAAGGGAGAUGUUUUUGUUUUCCCUAUUGGUAUGAUUCACUUCCAGCUCAACAUAGGGAAAACUCCUGCUGUUGCUCUUUCUGCUCUUAGUAGCCAGAAUCCAGGCACAAUUACAAUCGCCGAUACCCUUUUUGGAUCCAAUCCAGCUAUUAAACCUGAUGUUCUCACCAAGGCCUUCAUGUUAGAGCCGAAUGUUGUCAAGUACCUCCAGUCACGUUUUUGAAGCAAAAACAUUUAUCAUUGGAAGACUUGAACUAGCUAUGUUUUAUGUUUUAAUAGUUGAUUGUGUGGAUUGUCUUUGAGUGCUAUACCGCUAUUAAUUCAGUCAUUGUAUUCAAAUAAUAUUCAUUACCAUGUAAUAAAGAGGUUGCUUAAUU